UUUCAUUUACUUUGCUCACUUUGGGCCAGGGAGAGGGUGGCUUCAGGUUUCCCGCGGAGGGAGGAAAGUAAGGAAAGAAGGGGGCUCUCCAAUCAAUAUCCUCUCACCCCACUUCUGAUUUGGCCUAUAGAGGGGGGAGAAGUUAUCGAAAUAGCAUCCGCACGGUUUAAAAAUAUAUAUCGAAUAUACCACAUCAGCGCUUUGUGAAAAAGAAACUCCCUAAAAUAUCUGGAAAGAAAAAGAAGCCACCAAACCACCUUUCCUGGUGCUGAAGGAAAAAAAGGAAAAAGGAAAAAAAAAAAUGCUGAAUUCAUGAGGUAGUACGGCUUCGGAGACACCCGAAUUGGGAGGAGGCCAAGAAACUGUUCGCAGAGAUACCUAUGGAAAGUCCACAAACAGGAUAUGAGGGCGGUCUUCUUCUCAUUGGUUCACAGCAGCUGAUAAUCAGAGGAUUGUUUGGAGCUAAAAUCCAUUUAUGGUUGCAUCCUUUGUCUAUUUUUAAUAUACUGCCCUAAUUUGCUUGCUGUAAAGGGAGUAUGCAUCUAGAGAUCAAAGUUGCUCUGAACUUCAUCAUCUCAUAUUUGUACAACAAGCUUCCACGGAGGCGAGCUGACCUGUUUGGUGAAGAGCUAGAGAGGCUGCUAAAGAAGAAAUAUGAAGGUCACUGGUAUCCAGAGAAACCUUUGAAAGGCUCUGGUUACCGUUGUGUUCAUAUUGGAGAAACUGUAGACCCAGUAGUGGAAAUGGCAGCCAAACGGAGUGGACUUGCUGUAGAGGAUGUGCGAGCCAAUGUUCCCGAAGAACUUAGUGUUUGGAUUGAUCCUUUUGAGGUUUCUUACCAAAUUGGUGAGAAAGGGUCAGUCAAGGUCCUCUAUCUGGAUGACAGUGAGGGCUGCAGUGCAGCUGAGUUAGACAAGGAGAUCAAGAGCAGUUUCAAUCCCGAUGCACAGGUGUUUGUACCUAUUGGAAGCCAGGACAAUUCCUUGUCUAAUUCUCCAUCACCAUCUUUUGGUCAAUCACCUAGCCCUACAUUCAUCCCAAGAUCUGCUCAGCCAAUUACUUUUACCACUGCUACAUUUGCUGCCACAAAGUUUGGCUCAACUAAAAUGAAGAAAGGCGGAGGAGCUGGAGCAAGCACCAAUGGUACAGUGGUUCCACAGCAGCCACAACGUUUGGUCCGUUCACCCACCAAUAGCCUGCUGAAGCACAAAGGCCUUUCCCUGUCUAUGCAUUCUCUGAACUUCAUCGGGGGCAGCCCAGCCCCUCAGUCUCAACUCUCCCCCAAUGCCAAGGAGUUUGUUUACAAUGGUGGAUCACCAGGAGCCAGCAGCCUCUUCUUCGAUAGCGUAGCCACUGAAACCCAGGCUGGUGGCGUUCCUCCUGAAUCACAGUUCAGUGCCAGUAGUGGCAGCAGCUUUGACAUGGCUCAGGUUUUUGGUGGAAGCACCAACAGCCUUUUCCUGGAGAAGACACCCUUUGUGGAAGGACUCAGCUACAAUCUGAAUGCCAUGCAGUAUCCCAAUCAGUCGUUCCAGCCAGUGGUUUUGGCCAACUGACCAUCAUAUGAGUAUUCUGGGGAAAACCACUUCCAAAAAAAAAAAACCUGAGAGAAAAAUAAUUAAGAAAUAUUUGAAAUCUUAUAAAUAUAACUUCUUGGAAAGAGAUGAAACUUCUUGUGUCAUGCCAGGGAGCGCUGCUGAAGCACUGAUUCUUUUUAAAACUUGUAUUCUGUGCUUUUUCCUACCUAUUGUUGUAUGUUUAAUGAAAGAGGCUAUCCUUCUUGGCCCAGCAGUGGUUGGAACCAGAGUUACUUUAUUUAAUCUCCCAUGCUGCUCAUUGGAACUGGUCUUCAAAUAUGCUUGCUGUAAGGAUGGCCUUGUUCAGAUGCUGUCAUGUUCUUCAUACCCAGAUGUCUUGAAUUUUCUCAGUUUUUCAGGUGGCCUAGGAUAGGGAUGGGAAAUGAUUAGAUACCUCUGGAUGUGUAACAUCUCAGGCACUUCCUGGAGAGACUUGUGGUUUGUUUUCAUAUAUAUAUGAGCAGCAUAGAUGGUGGGAUAAAUUAGUUAAAUUUCUUAGAUUUUAUAAUCCUAGAACAGAAAACAAAGUUUAUCGUAUGCUAACUGGUGAUGACAGGGUCUUGCAGUGAAAAUAUUAUUUCCCUGGAAAUUCCUCUAUCUAGAGGAUAAUGUGACAUCUGGGACAGUAUUUUGCCUCAUGCUUCCUACAAGCCUCUUUUCUUCUCUAGUCUUCUUAAAAGCUAGAUUGUGGUGGAUUUUAGAGAAGCUGGUCCCGUUUGCUAAUAAUAUGACAAAUAAAUAGAGCUCUAUAUGAAAAUUCUUCUGACCUGUGAAAAAGAAUUAUCCUUGUAUAUUGCACUCAUUCAAGAGUAAGGGUGAAUGUUGGUUUUUUUGGUGUUUUGUGCCUGAGCAACAUCUGUUGAUGUUUCUCUGGCUUAAUCAGUUGGAAACUUUGCCAGGUUCUAAGCUCUUCUGAUUGGUAGCUGAUCAUUUGAUUACUAGUUCUCAUAGAAAAGAUGGUUCUCCUACUUUCAAAUAUUAUAAGCACUACUUUUGACAGGGAUGAAGGAGUUAUUGUAUAGGCUAUUCUCUGAAUGGAUGGUAAGAGGGUUUGCACUUUGAAUUUCACAUCUCCUAGGACUUUUGACCAAAAAUGUUACAUUUUUCAUUUGAAAGGAAUCAGGUAUUCUUGUAUAGAAGAGCGCCUCAUAUACCUGUUCCAGCUUGAAGUUGUUCCAUCUCAAAGCUCUGCAUCAGGGAUGAAGUGGGCUUGCCAUAGAAUAUCCAAGUGAUUUGAAUGUGAAGAAAGUGUUCACUGAUAGAAAUAUAGAGUCUGUCCUUCCUUAUUAUUGUUGGUGAGCUAGCAAUCCCAAUUGUAUUCCGUAUUUCUCCUUGUCAGCAGGAAAGGAUGCCAGGAAGAAAUAGACAAUAGUGGCCUUCUAAUUUUGAGUUUUUUUGCAAACCAAUUGACAGAAUUUGCCUUAGAUAGGAAACCUUCCCCAUCUAUGCCUUAUGGAAUGAUUAUGAGCCCCAGAAUUUACCUAGCCAUGGUAACGUAAGCAAUCUUUUUAAUGAGUUAAAUGAGUGAGCAGUGAAGAUAGGAAGAGGAAACUGACUGGUAUCCUAUUUAGGCAGUUUUACAUCCUCCACUUUAUGCUCUCUUCUAUAGCUCAGUUUGGUUGUAUUAAAUCUUGCUUCUUCUGCCAACUUCUCUGGCAAAGUCUUGUCAAAUAGAUAAGCUAAAAUAUGUUUUUCUAGAGCCUGACCUUUUAAGUUUCCCUUCCCCACUCCCUCAACCUAAAUUAAGGAUUCUUUGCUAGAAUAUAUACAAGCCUUAACUUCCAGAUGCACCUAACCCCCAGAGAAGGGUAACUAUUUUUAAUGUGUUCAAUAUCAUGGGUGUAGUUAUGGGAAAUGUUUCCUGCCUAGGCAUAUUGUGGGAUUGAUCUGUAGGAUAUUUUAAUAUGCCCCUAAAGUGAGUCCUUUCUUUGUUUCCUCCCCUUUCAUGGGACGAGGAAAGAAGACACAAAGUAUAUUGAGCACUCUGCCUGUUUUCUGAUGCACUCAGUGGAUGAAGAGGGAAAGUACACAGUAAUGAUAGGGCUGAAACGUUAAACCUGAACAACACUAUUACAAAGUGUUCAGCUUUACGCUUGUUCAUGCUUUUCCCUAAAAGUACCACUGCCACCCACUUGUGGAGUGUAUUGUAAUGUAGACUGCCUAGUUAUUACACUGGACUUGAACCACAUCUUCCUCCCUGGUAGAGACUACCCACCCAGCAUAAUCUCCUCUUGUUAAUUUAUUCCUGUAGCAGAGAAGGAUACCACAAACCCACCUUUAGGGAUUUAUAUGCAUACCCUUCUAAGGUUUAGAAUAAUAGGGAUGAAGUCUCACUUAGCACCUGCAAUUUGCAAUGUUUGACACUGCUUUAUUAUACUCUUGCUUUUGGAAAAGAAGUCUACAUGCACAAGGAAGAAAGGUGGAGGGACCAACCUCUAUUUCCUAAAGAAACACAUAAUGAACACAUAACUGUGCUUCAGAAGCAUUUCCAGUGCUGACAACAAUGAAACUCACAGCCUCUUUUUCGGUCUUGUCUCAAGAGUUAGAUGUUUGGCUUCAAUUUUAUUUUUAAGACCUGCACUAAUUUACCUGGUUUCAUAGGAAGAAAAAAGAAUUUUUUUAACUUUUAUUUUUAUGGGUUUGUGUUAAUUUUUUGUUGUCUGUUUAUAUUGAAUAAUUUGCUACAUUUGUAAAAUGUAAGAGGUAUAUAUAAUAUAUGUAUAUUUCUAACGUACAAAAUGAAACUUUUCUUUUCAAAAAUUUUUCUUAGAGGAGAGAAAAAUAUUUUUUCAGGAAAAUUUUAAAAAAGCAGCAGUGAAAGCUCCCUUUCCCCUUGUUUCCCUCCUUCCUGACCCUUUUUGAAGAGUGAAUCAACAACAUGUGAUCUAAAGUGAACGGAUGAACACAAAGAGGACAUAAUUAUGUAUGUUUUUUAAUGCAGAGGUCCAUGCUGUUCUUGUUCGUCUCUUUGGUUUUCUUGUUUUUGUUUUGUUUUUUACAGGCAGAGGGCCAUUGAGUAGGGAUUCAGAGGGGGUGGGGUUCUGGUUUCUUUUUUUCUCUAGCAAAGGAGGAAUACAAUCAGCGUUUUGUAUUCAGAAUGUUGUGCAAUAUUUUGGAACAGGACAUUGGCAUGUCUAAAGAUUUAGUUAAAAACAACAAAGGUUGAUCAAAUCUGUACAGUUUCUAUUGUUCCAGAUUUUUUUAAGUUUGUAUUAAAAGCAUGAUACAUAAUA